AUGAGGCCUGAGGUGAUAAACUUGCCAUGCAAUUCCGAGGAGGAAGAGGUGAGAACACUACGCGAGAUUCACGACACCCUGUGCGACGUUGCGGCUCAGGUAGACGCAGUGUACGGACUACCAAUGCUCGGCUGUCUGUCUACGCAUCUGUUCAACUGUAUCACUGUGCUCAACUUGUUGCUGUCCAUCACACUGGAGUACCAGGGUUCUGCUGGUGCAGAAAUGGAAGGUCUGGCGAUGUUGGCAAUUGUCUGGGCCCUUUUCUAUUUUGGCGGAUUUCUGGCAGUCACUUGGUCAUGCAGUACCGUAGCCAGUGAAUGUUGUCGCACCGCAGACCUGGUACUCAAGGCCCUACUGCGUCCACCACGCAACACUACCACGGAUACUGAGCUGUGGUACCAGCUGCAGAUGUUCUUGCAGCAGCUGCUGCAUCGGCGCCCGCGCUUCACUGCCUGUGGGUUUUUCGUCAUUGACCUGACCAAUAUUCCAUCAAUGGUAGCUGCAGCUGUAUCGUACCUUGUUGUAAUUGCUCAGGCAAGUGCUAAGGAAGAGUUUCCAGAAGAAAAUGAAGCUAGAUAG